AUAUUGCAUGAUGACAAUUAAUUUUCUUUGGGUUUCCCACCCGCUUCCCGCAUAGACAGCCCGUGUGCGUCUGCGCCACAGGCAGCAAUCCGCUGGCUCAUGUCAGGGCUUCAUUUUCUCCCGCUGAUUCACGAAAAAUUACACCAUUCCGCUGCGUACUGGGCGGAAUCCUCCGGGAGGUCGACACGGAGAGUGUGGCGUUGGCUGAAAUCAUAGGCGUGGUUUUGGAUGGAGAUGCUCCGUCUGCUCCCGCUGGGAUCCCCACCUGCCCUCACACCGCGUUUGUCACCGCGCCAGCUGGUAUUUUCUUCAGCUUGAGCCACCACAGCUCCAAUCUGAUUAUAUUUUGUUAUUGUCACAGGGGAUAUUGAUUUUUUUAUUCGUCUGGGGGGGUGUAGUGUAAUUACAGCGCUGUGGACGAACGGGGCGCCCGGUUUAAUCACCUCCAGAGCGAGAGGCGGCGGCGGCGGCGGCGCACGGCACUUGGCGGAGAUAAACAGGAGCGGAUAGCGCGUCGCUUGGCCUCCAGCAGCAGCAGCAGCAGCAGUGGAAAAGCAACCACAGAGGAGACCCUGGUUCAUGUGUAGGGCUCUUCGACGCGCAGGUCGUGCCGGCAGAGGUUCGCAAGCAUGGGGAAUACACGCAAGAUGCCCAAGAGAUCGUGCUGGCUUUGCGUACUUGUAGUGGCGUCUGUUUUACUUGUAGUGGACAGCAAGAGAGCCAGGCAGCCUCGCUGUCCAGCAUCAUGUACAUGUACCAAAGAUAACGCGUUGUGCGAAAGCGCAGGACUGAUCCCUCGCAGCUUUCCCCCCGAUGUCAUAUCACUAUCAUUCGUCAAGUCUGAAUUCACUGAAAUCCCGAAAGAGAGCUUCAUCCACACGCCUGCCCUGCACCUCCUCCUCUUCACAGCCAACAACCUGGAAGCUAUUAACGAAGAUGCUUUCCUUGGUCUUCCUCAUAUGGAGUAUCUGUUCAUCGAAAACAACCAGAUCAAGUCGAUUUCACCACAUGCUUUCCGCGGACUGAAAACCUUAGUGCAUCUGAGUCUGGCCUACAAUAAUCUGGAAACUCUGCCCAAAGAUUUGUUUAAGGGUCUUGAGGCCUUGACGAAAGUAGACUUGCGAGGGAAUCAGUUCACCUGUGACUGUAAGCUGAAGUGGUUGGUGGAGUGGAUAUACAGCACCAAUGCUACAGUGGAUCAGAUUUACUGUAAAGGCCCGGCCUCACAGCUGGACAAGAAGAUCAAUGAUCUGGUGCCACAAUCCUUCGACUGCAUCACCACAGAGUUUGCUUCCUAUCAGUCCCUGAAGUUUGAAUCCAUAUCUGUGGAGGCAUUUUCUUUUGGGAAUGACCAGUAUGUGGUGUUUGCCCAGCCCUUCAUCGGGAAAUGCAGCUUUCUAGAGUGGGAUCACGUGGAGAUGGUCUUCAGAAACUAUGACGACAUUGACAGCACUUCCACAGUGAUUUGCAAACCUCUGGUCAUUGACAACCAGCUCUUUGUCAUUGUGGCUCAGCUGUUCGGUGGCUCCCACAUCUAUAAACGUGACACCUCUGCCAACAAAUUCAUCAAACUCCAAGGCAUUGACAUCCUCAAAAUCCGCAAACCAAACGAUGUUGAGACGUUUCGCAUCGAUGGAGAGUCCUUCUUCGUCAUAGCAGACAGCUCCAAGGCUGGCUCCACCACCAUCUACAAGUGGAACGGCAAUGGCUUCUACUCCCACCAGUCACUCCACCCAUGGUACCGGGACACUGAUGUGGAGUACAUGGAGAUCUCCUCCAAACCUCACCUGAUCCUGUCCAGCAGCUCCCAGAGGCCGGUCAUCUACCAGUGGAACAAAAGCACCAAGCUGUUUGACAGACGCACCGACAUCCCAGAGAUGGAGGACGUCUACGCCGUGAAGCAUUUUCAGGUCAAAUCCGACCUCUAUAUCUGUCUAACACGCUUCAUCGGCGACUCCAAAGUGAUGCGCUGGGAUGGGGCCCUCUUUAGAGAGCUGCAGACCAUGCCCUCCCGUGGCUCCAUGGUGUUCCAGCCCUUCUCUGUGGGCACCUGGCAGUACGCAAUCCUGGGCAGCGAUUACUCUUUCACCCAGGUGUACCGCUGGGAUGCAAAGAAGGGCGAGUUUGUCCAUUUCCAGGAGGUGAACAUCCAGGCGCCGAGGGCCUUUUCUCCAGUCUCCAUAGACAACCGGCAGUUCCUGCUGGCCUCCAGUUUCAAAGGGAAAACUCAGAUUUAUGAGCACCUGGUCAUCGAUCUGAGCAAUUGAGUGAUUGUUUUCAUGACUGGUUCUCUGAGUGGUGUCUGCAACAGAUUCAGACAACACGGCAACAGUAGGGUGAUCCUAACUUAAGCAAGGCAGGCAUUACUCUUUUUUUAAAAAAUCUUCCACUGAAAUCAGUGCAUGAUACGUUAUGAUGAAUACAUGUAUCUCAACCAAAUUGCAUUUGACUGAGAUGCAUGUUGAGUUCAAUGCAUGCACCUUAAGUUAGGAUUAAACCCAACAUGUUGUCAAGACAUUAAUGCAUGACCAGGGCCUCACACAGGCCGUCCCAUCCUGACGAAUGCAACAUCCAUGCUCAUUAAUCCAUUAAAUUUCGCCAGUAGGUUAUUUUUUUGUGUUUUCAGCUUUUCAUGUGACUCAGCAAUGUUUAUACAUUUGUAAUCUCAUAUAUUUAUCUACAGAAAGUAACGGUACUUUUUAUCCUAUUAACAUGUUUAACUGAACAAAUCUGCCAAAUCGAAAUGUUUACAUUUUUCUGUCUUUCCACUUGUACGCUAAAAAAGAUUUGUAAAUGAAGCUUUUGUAAGUUUAAGAAGGGACCACACCAGUUCGAUACAUAUUUGUUAAGGAGAAUGAUUUAUGUUUAUAAUUUGGGAAAAUAUCAACAGAAAUGUUGUGUGAGAAUCUACCUGUAAAUCCUCGCAACUCACAUUUUUAUCUUUAAUGGUUUGUAUAAUGUUUAAAUUAUUGAAAUUACAGUUUUUCAUAAGAAGUAUGGAAAACAUUUUGGGCACACACAGGAGCUAUUUUCACACACUUAAAGGAACUGAAAUGAAAAAACUGAGGAUAUUGUUCAUAAUGCUUUACCUUUGACUAAUACGUAUGCAAUAUACAUUGAUUGUGUCAUGAUUAGGAUUAAGUUAUUGACUAAUGCCAUGCUACUUAGAGUCAAUAAAGGUUUACAUUAUUAACUGUCAUCUGAGCUCCCUGCUGGCACUGUGUAGCAUGACAUUGCUUCAGUGUGAAACGCCGACACCCGGUCCUCAAAGCAAGACAACACGCACUAACACAUCUACUUCAUCGCUUGAGGGAAACUGUCAUCUUGAAGUUAGUUGUGUAACUCUGGUUUCAGAUCUGAGAAAUA